CGACACGUAUCUUUUUAGAGCUUUCCACUGACUCGUUUUGUCUUCUUCUUAUUGUUACUUCAUUGUUAAAGUCGAAAAGGAGAAAAGCAAAAGCCAUAAAUAAAAUCACACUAGAUCUUCCACCUCUACCCACCCAAGAGGAUCUACUAGUGUUUCCCUUGGUCAUCAACUUCAGAUUCUCCUUGCAAGACCAACUCCAAGAGAGAAUGGACCAACAAGAGCAUGGACAAUCCAGAGCCAUGAACUACAGCACUAACCCAUACCAAACCGGGAGUGUGGGGCCUACAGCACCAUCAGGCCAGAUGGCGUUUCACCAGCACCACCAGCAGCAACAGCUGACUCAGCAGCUUCAAGUCUUCUGGGAGAACCAAUUCAAAGAGAUUGAGAAAACAACUGAUUUCAAGAACCAAAGCCUUCCCCUUGCGAGGAUCAAGAAAAUCAUGAAAGCUGACGAGGAUGUGCGCAUGAUCUCAGCCGAGGCUCCUGUAGUGUUUGCAAGGGCCUGCGAGAUGUUCAUCUUGGAGCUGACACUCAGGUCCUGGAACCACACGGAGGAGAACAAGAGGAGGACGUUGCAGAAGAACGAUAUAGCAGCUGCUGUGACUAGAACCGACAUAUUUGAUUUCCUUGUAGACAUUGUUCCUAGGGAGGAUCUCAGGGAUGAAGUCUUGGGAAGUAUUCCGAGAGGGACUGUCCCUGAGGCUUCUGCUACUGGUUACCCGUAUGGAUACUUGCCUUCAGGAACUGCUCCAGUAGGGAACGCGGGUAUGGUUAUGGGUAACCCGGAUAGUGCUUACCCACCUAACCCGUAUAUGGGUCAACCCAUGUGGCAACAUCAGGAACCUGGCCAACCUGACCAGUAAAACUAGCCUAGGUAAAGAAACUAGUUCUAGUCUUGUCCAAGUGGAAUUAAGAAAGGAGGAGACUUCAAAGAAAACUAAAAGAUCAUAUCAGUUUUUGAAAUCAGUGUUGUAGAAGAAUCUAAGUGUUUGUGUAUUCAAUCCUUUCUUUAAGGAAAAUUUUAGAGAUGAAACAGAAGAAUGUAUAAACUGUAAGGAAGAAGUGUGGUUGACAUGGUUUUUUUUAUUUAAAUGUUAUUGUCUAUC